UCCCACACAACCACUCUCUGCAACAAACACCCACUACCACCACCCACCACCAUGUCGCGUCCCCUUGAAGGCAAACUCGCCAUCAUCACCGGCGGCUCCCGAGGAAUCGGCGAAGCGAUCGCCCACAACCUCGCCAGCAAAGGCUGCUCUCUCCUCCUAAACUACACGUCCAGCAGCUCGGGCCCACGAAUGGAAUCCCUGUGCAGCACGCUCUCCAGCACACACUCAAUCACCUGCGUCCCCAUCCAAGCGGACCUCUCCGACCCCGUGCCCGCCGUGACUACGAUCCUCGACGCGGCCAAAACGCACUUCACCUCGCCCACAACCAACACCCUCACCAUCGACAUCCUCAUCAACAACGCCGGCGUCAGCGCCGACCGCCUCCUCAACGACCCCGCCCGAGGCCCCAUCGACCCCGCCCUCUUCAACUGGCACUACACAAUCAACGUCCUGGCGCCCCUCCUCCUCACGCAAUCCAUCGCCCCGCACCUCCCCACCUCCCCGCCGCACGCCGGCCGCAUCGUCAACAUCUCCUCCGUCUCCUCCUCGCUCGGCUUCGAAGGCCAGUCCAUCUACGGCGGCACCAAAGCCGCCAUCGAAGCCAUGACCCGCACCUGGUCCCGCGAGCUUGCCGACGUCGCCACCGUCAACGCCGUCAACCCCGGCCCCGUCAUCGGGGACAUGUAUUUCAAGACCGGCGAGGGGUUCUGGAACCAGAUCCAGGGGUUUCAGGAUAACACGCCGUUGAGCAAGAUGCUGGACGGGGAUGCGCAGUUGGAGGCGUUGACCGAGGAGCAGAAGGGCUUGAUUCAGGAGAAGAUGGGGGGUAGGAGGCCGGCGUUUACCGGGGAGGUGGCCGGCGUGGUCGCCAUGUUGUGCACCGAGGAUGCGAAGUGGUGUACUGGGAGUGUGGUUUGUGCGAAUGGCGGGUUUAGGUUUGGGCCGUAGGGGACUCGGUUCUGGGACUUGAAUAUAAGGCUGUUUUUUUAUUUCUCGAGUUCUAUUGAUUGCUUACAUACGCGAUGAUAUUGUUGUAAAUGACGCAAUGCAAUAGACUUCUAGGAAAAGAAAAAUCAUCUCGUUAGAUACAUUAUCAUGAGUCCCAAUAUGAUGAGUGAAAA